CUUUCAUUUGAAAGUCUUGUUUACUAAAUAAAUACACUUAUUUUUUAUGCGACCAAUAAGAAUCAAAAAUAUUAAAGCAUGGAUAAUGAUUUUGCAUCAUGCCAAAAUUUUGCAAAUGGAUCCAGCACAUCGGUUCACUCAGAGCUACCGCCAUGCACAAAAACCAAGAAGGAUAAUAAUCAAGAUAAAAAAUCUGAACACGGAUCAUCGCCAGAAUGCUCCAACAUAAUCACAAGCUCAACCACGUCGUCAUCGACGACCAUAUCACUGGGCGCCCUACAAUCUGAUACCCAAUGUCAAAAAGCCACGGAACACGAGCCUCCACACAUUGGCUAUGAGCUGAGUGUAGCCAAGUCGGUGCUGCAACAAUAUAGCACACUAAGUGGAGACAACUUAUUUGAUCAUCUAAGUGAUAUUGUAAAACGAGUUGUUGAUGAACGACCUCCGAAUGUUAUUGAUUUUUUUGAGGAAUUCAGUAGAAAUGUGCGUGAGCAAAAAUUUCAUGUACCAGAACGUUUUCCGCCUAACGGCGUUUUUGCUGACAGUCGGAUGUUUCGUCCUGCGAAAAAAAUAUUGCAUUCAAUAAAGUUACCCCACAAUAUUGAAGGUAUUGACUUUGGUUGCGAGGAGGACCUUCCUAGUGAAGAGGCAUUUGCAUUUGGCGAUGGGGACCUUCGCAUAGACCUUGAUGAUUCCAUGCGCUUGUUUGUAACAUUUAAUGAACGCGUUGAACAGCUUCAAUUCUUCUGGAACCAAUGCGGCUUUAGUAUAAGUAAAGAUGAUAUCUUUCAAUUGGCAAGCUCUAUAAACCGACUACAGACACAUCCAUCAAUAAUGCAAUGUCGAUUUUGGGGUUGUAUAAAUGGUUUAAAAAGUUCUUACUACAUCGUGGAAGCCUCACUCACACGCGAGGAAUUAAAUUCCCGAAUGGCCAUGAUGGAAGAAGAAAUGCGAGAAAAGCAGCUGCCUUUUAAAAUGAGAAAAAAUCAGGAGCAAAAGCCUCUACCAACGCAUAUAGGACCCGAAUUAACUCCAGGAGUUUAUGGAUGGGAAACUUAUGCUUUAGAGGAUUUGGAAAAGAUGACACCAAAAGCUGAACCAGUUCCUUUAGCAGAGGAAAUCGAAUUUUAUGAUAUACCACCAGAAAAUGUGGGACGCGGAUGCAAUCGUUACUCGUAUUUUGUGGUCAACUGCUUAUAUAACGAUUGGAUUGAGUUACCUAUAGUUACGCCACGACAAAUCGUAGUUUCUCGCCAUAUCAAAAAGUUCUUCACUGGCGAUUUGGAGGCUGAUGUUGUAUCAUAUCCAUGCUUUCCAGGAAAGGAGAAACAUUAUUUGCGUGCAAUGAUUGCUCGUAUUACGGCUGGCACCCAUAUUGCACCGCAAGGUUAUUAUAGACGGAUGACCAAGAAGGAGAAAAAUCUUUUUGAAGGCAUCAACCUUGACGAGGAAGAGGAGAUCGAGGAAGAAGAAAAUUACAAUGAAGGUGAAGAAGAGGAAAUUCAAGAUAAUGACGUAAUGCUCAUGAAAAAUGAACGCUUUGAGAUAGAACCCUUAAGCUCAUUGGCGACGCCCGUUGCCUGGGUUCAUUGCCGACCGAAUAUCUUGAAUCAGGGUCGUGUUGUAUGGUACGAUGAAGAAAAAGCUCGCAAGGAGCGGGAAAAAAUGCUUGCGUUGUACAUAAAGUCGCGGCUAUUGGAAGAAAUGGAGGAGGAGAUUGAAGAAGAAGAAGCGGAAGGCGAAGAAGAGGGUGAAGAAGAAGAAAUGCUUGAAGGGUUUACGCAUCCAGAAACAGGGCCUGAUAUUUUAUCGUCAUGUGCCAGCGACAUGAGCAGGGAAUGUACAUUCCCCUGGUUAGUGCGUUUUACGAGCAGGUAUACGAAUCAAAAGGAGCGCUUGUUGGUGUUGCAAUCAAAUGUAUGGCCUGGGGCCUUCACUUUCGUUUUUGAAAAUACUUGCGAGUCAGUAUAUUUGGGAUGGGGACAUAAAUUUUGCCAACGCAACAUACCAUUUAAGCAUUUGGCUAUAGUUCAAGAAGAAUUUCCUCACCAAGUCGAAGACUUUAUUGAAGCUACUGAUCCAACUCUUGAAGAUGAACUUGCGUAUAAGAAUUGGCUUUUGAGUAAACAGAAAAGAGAUGUGAGCAUUGGAGAAGAUAUUAAUGAAUAUGACGCCGAUGAUUUGGACGAUAUCUAUGACAACGAUGACAAUGAUUAUUAAAAUUAUAAAACUACUUAGUUAUUUGUAGCACUUAGUAUGUCAAUGUUCGUUAAAUAAAUACGUGUAAUUAU